AUGGCAGCAAAUUCGUUCACAGGUGUGGUACCCGUUUCUGCGGAUGGCCGUGAUUUUGGUCAUUUCUCUGAUCAUGUUACUGUUUGGAUUGAUCGGUAUAUUGGUGUUCAAAAUACGUAUACAAACUUAAAAAACAAAUUCAACAAUAGUAUCCAAGUUCUACAAUCAAAUAAUGAAGCCGAAGCUGAAAUAGACGACGACACUAUGAUAUGUGCCAAUCCGGAUAUGCUUAAGGAAUUAGCUGAAGAAGUUUAUUGUUUAAAAUAUUUUUCUACAGUUGAAGAUGGUUUAGAUUAUAUUAAGAAUCAUCCAGAAAAGAAAAUUUUCUUCAUUUCAUCGGGUACUAUUGGGAAAAUAAUUGUACCUGACAUUGCAAAUUUAGCUCAAAUUCAAGGAAUAUAUAUUUUUUGUGGCAAUAUUUCAGAUCACGUCAAAUGGGCUCGUGAUUAUGAAGAUAAAAUAACAGCAAUGCUCGAACAUCAAGAUAACCUAUUAGAACGUCUUACUCAAGACAUUGCUAAAUAUGUAGAAAGUAAAGGUGAUCAAUAUAAAACUGGUGGCGAUAAUGUAGAAGCGAAAAAUUGUUAUUCAUGGUCAAAAAAAUUAUUAGUCCGCGGGAAAAUGUUGGGUGAUUAUAGUCUAGAAAGAUUAAUUGUUAAUAUUACCAAAAAAAUCGAAAACUUACAAUCAUCUACAGAAUGUCGAGAUUAA